CAAGCAUCGCGACGAGGCGACAUUCAGAUACAUCUCACGAGUCCCGGGGGCACUCGUGUCACUCUACUAGCUGCUAGGCAAAAUGAUGCUUCACGAUCAGGAUUCAGUAAUUGGCCUUUUAUGUCCGUCCAUACAUGGGGAGAAUCACCUCAAGGUCUAUGGCAUUUAGAAGUUCACAACGAAGGCCGAUAUAUGGCCAAAUUGACGCAAUGGGAUCUCCUAUUCCACGGGACACAAGAGCCGCCACAAGAGAGUGACGUUGAAUUCAGCAAGGAUUCGAAAUUUAAAGAUUCAAAAUCUGUUCAAUAUUCUGCGAACGGCGGAUCAAAUUAUCCCGAUGGAUUGGAACAUAACUCUUUAGAAACUGACACCGCCAGUGGGCAAUGGAGGGAUUUACAUCAUGUACGCGAAGGCCACAUAGAUGUCCAGCGCACCGCCUCGGACGACGUCACCAGCUCCGCCUGCAUCAGCUACAACGACAAUCACAACUGUCUAGAAUGCAUGCCGGAUACAUAUUUAUUUGAAGGACAUUGUUAUACAAAUUGUCCUGCAAAAAGUUUUCUAUCAGCCAAACCUACUUGGUUACCAGCUACAAGAAAUCACAAUAAAAAGCACUUGCUAGAAAACUUGUGGUCUUCUCUGGCGGCUCGAAAUGGCCAUAGAGUUCAAAGACAAGUAGAAGAAAUAAAUCGAAAUUCGGAUAUGAUGGUGUGUCUUCACUGCCAUUAUUCCUGCUUGACUUGCAGGGGACCAAAUGAUCAUGAGUGCUCAACUUGCAACGAGGAUGCUGUCCUCACAAAUAAAACUAACAAUGAAAAUUUUUGUUACCCUUUAACUAUCAUGCCUCAAAUCCAAGAUUCAGCAUGGUUUUAUCGUUUAUACGUAACACUAAUUGUAGUUAUAAGUAUAAUUUUAGGUGUUAUAGCUUGCUCAGGUUUAGUGUAUAUUUUGAAUAAGUGCAUUAAUAAAAUAUUAUAUUUGGUAAGGUCUAGCAAAGGUCAAAAGUAUGAUAAAGUUGCCUCUCAAGAUGUAACAUCAGCUCAAAUUGAUAUGGCAGAUGAUAAUCUGAAUUCUGUUGAUGAAAGCGAAAACGAAUUUUGAUGAUAUAUGUAUAUUUUAAUAUUAUUGGUCUCUAAGAUUAUUUCUGAAAAAUACAUAGAUAUACAAGUUAAAAAAAAGUAUGUGAUAAGUGGCUUGACUACAAGAAUUCCAAUAAUAUAAUAGUGAGGGAUAAAUGCCUUAGAGGGCUGUUACGUGUGUGAAAAUUCUAUCCCAAUAUUUUUUCACAACUAUAAAUUUUAUAAAACUAAAAAUGUAUCUCAUUAGUUUGUAUGAACGAGAUUCG